AUGGCUAAUGCUAGAUGUUUAUCAGUAUUAAAAUUAAUGGCUCCUGCUCUUGCAAAAUUUCCAUCUUAUAUGAGCCAAAAACCAUCUGAUGAUUAUUUAAAUAAACUAGAGCAUAAGCAAAAUUUAAGUGAAAGGAUUCCAGAGAAAUCAAGUCAAAUUGCCAAUCAAGUUCAAGCCUUACCUAGUAUAAAUCUAAAUAUACUAGUGCAACAAAAAACUGAAAACCAGACAUUAGUAAAGAAAGUUACAAAAUUAGAAUCUCAAAUGGCUAAGCAAACUGCUUCUCAAACUGUUGAACCAGUUAGACAGCCAAGGAGUCCACCACCUUCAUUACAAACAGAAAAAGGUAUAGAAAAUUAUCAUUUAUUACAAUACUUAAAUAAUUUAGGUAUAUUUAGUACAGAAGAUUUAGAGAUAAAUUAUCCUAUAAAGCCUUUUCAAAAACCUUAUUUAGAAUGA